CCAGCAUUCUACCAUUGUUAUGUCGCCCCAGGCCCUAUCGGUGCGAGUCCUCAGUGCACGCUGUUCGUUUGUUCUUGUGAUAGAACAGUUAUUUGUUCAGAUCAUGGCCGAGGCUAUAAAGCAACGAGAAACUCUCUACAAACUCAUAAUUAGUCAAUUACACUAUGAUGGAUGUGAAGCUGUGGCGGCUGCUCUUGCGAAGACUACAAAUAUAAUCAGUCCAUGUCCACCAUGUGCUAGAUUGCUAGAGAUUGUCAACUUGGGUCUUGCAGCUGAGGCAGAAGGAGCAAAGCCUGGGCAAACCAAUCUACCUGGCCUUACUCUUCCUCCAGCAAAUGAUCUGGCUACAAAAGGAAUUGAUCUGGAAUACGAGUCAGAUGAAUGCAAUGGUACCAGCACCAAUGGUUCCAAAGAAAGACACACUCAAAACACUGACAUGAAAAGAGUGCAUAAAGUUAUGAACAAUGGCAUCCACUCUGAAAUUGGCCGGGAAAACAUCCCCCCAUUGGAGGAGGUCCGUAGACACAUCUUGAAGAUCACAACCAGUAAAAUUGCGGCUGAAGAAAUUAACGUAGUAUCCUCUAAUGGAGAACACCUUGUGAUUGGCAAUGGGCUGAGUGCAGACGAUGUAUGUGCACAAGUUAAACUAGAACUGCAGAAGAUGAAUGUGUCCCAGGAAGUGUUUGCAAAGUGUGUCCUUGGCAAAACACAAGGAUACCUAUCAGAAAUGCUGAAACAUGGGGAGAAGGUCUUCUGUCCUUCUGAGAAGUCUAGCAGUAAGGGUAGGAUGAACUUUGAGAGGAUGAGGCAAUUCCUGGCGAGACCUGAGUCAGAACGCCGUAACAUCUACUCUGAAAUGGCACAGAGGUUACGGGAACAGAGGAUGCAGAGAAAGCGGCUUACUUACUCGAUGGUUGGCAGCCCGCUAGGACUAAGUCCCAAGAAAUACAGGCUUGUGUCAGAAGAGGCCAGAUGCCUCAUGGAUGAGUACUACAGCAACAGUAGCCAUGAUAGCAUCGAUGACUACACGGACCGCCCCUCAAUGAUCAAGGAUGAACCUAGGGCAGACAGGUUGGCUGCAUCAUGCAGCAAACUCAACUCUGUCUCUAAUGAUGAUGCUGAAUUCUUCAGGCGACUUGACAUAAGGAAGAGACUAGACUUUAGUGAUCACCAGUUUGAGAGCAAAGAGUCAUCUUCUGCAGAGACCAAGAGUAGGGAUCAACCAAGCAGAAAGAUGUUCCUGGCAUCACACUCUGCCCCCACAUUUAUAAAGUCUGAGUUCAUGUCACCUUUAAAACCGGAUAACACACGUGUGACUCAAACAAGCCCUUCACUGAAGCCUACGAGAUGUGAUAAGGAUUUGAUAGCUAACAAGAUAGCAGCAUUAUCAAGAAACCAACCGUUACCCAAAUCCAGCCCUAGAAUGCCCAUGCUAAUCCCUACUUCUCCUACCACAAAGGAGGAAGACAGAGUAAGCCAGGCUACUGUGAAGACGGAGACGGAGGAGCCAGCAAUGCCCUCACCAGCAAUGCCCUCACCAGAUUUCCCUUCUACAAGCCAGGAGACAAUGUUGAUAGAAAGUCUUCCUCUAGAAAGCCUCGCUGAUAUUGACUCCAGUAUUGAUCCUCUUGUGAUGCCAGACAAUCAGGGUGACGAGGGAAGCAGGGUAGAGCUAGGGCAGCAGAUCUAUGUUGUGCGAGUUGAAGGGACCAACACUAUUAGUGUCACUAGCUCGUACUAAGGAAUUGUAACAACUCUAUGAUUCGAAGGGACAAAUAACAUUAUAUCACUAACCUUGUAUUAAGCAAUUGUAACAGAUCUAAAAGGGGGGAUCUAGAGGGGGGGCUAUUAGUAUCACUAGCUUGUAUGAAUCAAUUGUAACAUAUCUAUGAGAUGAAGGGAUGAACAUUAUUAUAUUACUAGCCUUGUACUAAGCAAUUAUAAGAAGUCUAUGAGAUGAAGGGAUUAUCAUUAUUAUAUUACUAGCCUUGUACUAAGCAAUUAUAAGAAGUCUAUGAGAUGAAGGGACCAACACUAUUAAUGUCAUUAGCUCGUACUAAGCAAUUGAAACAUAUUUCUAUGAGUUGAAGAAAUCAACAAGAUUAGCGUCACUAGCUUGUACUAAGAAAGGGUAACAGAUAUACAGUAAGAGUGAAAGGGACCAACACUAUUAGUAUCACUAUCUUCUACUCUAUCAUGGUCUCACAUACAACUGCAGUUAUACUGCCAAAUUUUAGGUUAACAGAAAAUAUAGAUAUGAUCUAAUAUAUUGCCAUUUAUUUAGUAAAAAUAUAAAAGAAUAGUGGAAAUGUAGAUAUUUUUGGUUUAUUAUUAUUAUUUAAUUUAAUGCUACAUAUGACCUGUCUAUUGCCUUAUUUGUGCAGAAGGUAUCUAAUGUUUAAGGUUGUAAAAAAUAUACUACAUUUCGUAAGGUACUGUGAUAUUACUUCUGAUAAUAAAAAAUCAAAUAUUUCAA